AUGACGACUAAGACCAUCCAUGGGAACUCGCAAUUCCAGAAGCCCUCCUCUCUACGCUGGACGUGGGAGUCACCCGGUGGAGGGUACCGUAAUGAAAUAGACCACAUCAUCGUCAAUAAAAGGUUCUGCCUGACGGACGUCGCUGUUGUACCAAAGUUCUAUACGGGAUCGGACCAUCGCCUCCUCCGAGGAAGAUUUUCCUUCACAAAGAGAGAAGUGAAAGCCGCCAAGUUCAGAGAGAGACAUCGCAGAACUAUCAUCAACUGGAAUUUCUUCGCUACGCUAGCCGGCUUUUGGGAAGAAUGGACAACAUCGACGAGGAAUAUGACCGGCUUGUUGAGCACCUUCACGACUGCGCGAAGAAGGCUGAGAGUUUUAAAACCACCAAGAGACGCCUGUCUCUUGAAACUCUUGAGCUGA